ACUUGAUUAUCCGAUGCCAUUCAACGAUUCGACAAUUUUUACCGCCUUUGUGAGCAUUUCUGUUUAAGAUUUCAUAUACCGUAAAGCGUCGCUUCGAUCAUUUCAGUGUUGGGCAUAUGACGUCCUUUUGUGCUAUCAUAAAGUGCUUCCCUUUUUUCUGUCCCUUAGUGAAGGUCAACUAAGAUAUUUGUGCUGUUUUGAGAGUUAAGUAUAGUUGUGUGGUUAUUUAGAUUGUGCAUCGUCAUUGGUUGUGCCGACUCUCCCGAAGGCCUUAAUAUGUUUGGGGUAGAGCUAGCCAUGAAGCGUGAGGCUGACGGUGAUAUGGGAUCCCCACAAAAAAGAACUCGCAGAGGUGAUGAGGAAGUACGUCUAUUAAUACCAAGCAAGGUUGCCGGUUCCAUUAUUGGUAAGGGAGGCUCAAACAUAACGAAACUCAGAAGUCAGUACAAAGCCUCCAUAACGGUCCCUGAUUGUCCGGGCCCUGAACGGAUAUUGACAUUAUCUUCGGACUUGGAUACCAUCUGUAAUAUAAUCAGCGAUGUGGUACCUAAUCUUGAGGAACAUGGAUCAGGAUCUAAAGAAUUGGACUUACGCAUGCUUAUCCACAGAAGUCAAGCAGGGUGUGUUAUAGGAAAAAGCGGUCAGAAAAUAAAAGAGAUUAGAGAGAAAACUGGAUCUCGAGUCAAGAUUUUUUCAAAUGCUGCACCACAGAGCACAGAUAGAAUUAUUCAAAUCCAAGGAUACCCAGAAAAAUGUAUCGACACUAUUCGUGAAGUUAUCACCCUUAUAAAAGGAAGUCCUAUCAAAGGUGCGGUCAACAACUAUGAUCCUCACAACUAUGACGACUUCUACGCGGACGAGUAUGGUGGUUGGGGUGGAAACCAAAAUACAGGAAAUGAUAGGCGAGGUGGUGGUGGCUUCAGCGGUGGAGGUCGCGGUGGUAGGAGUCAUGAUAUGCGAGGUGGAGGUCCUUCCAGAAUGAAUAAUCGAGGACCACCGCCAAGAAGCGGAAGAUUCAAUGAGAGAUCGUCCAGCGGCGGCCGUGAAGGAUUCAGUGGAAGAGGACGUCAAUCUUUGAAUGGAAGUGGAAACUUCAGAAGUAGCGAUAUUUGGGAAAGUCCUCUGAAUGCCCCAAUGAGUAGACCUCCUCCAGGUGGAGGAAUGUUGGGUGGUAGCCCUCUACAUAACGGACUAGGCGGUGGUGGAAUGGGAAAUGGAAAAAAUUCAACUCAAGUAACUAUUCCUAAAGACCUCGCUGGCGCAAUUAUUGGUAAAGGUGGCUGUCGCAUCAGAAAAAUCCGUCAAGACUCAGGAGCAGGAAUCACAAUUGAUGGACCACUACCAGGAUCCAAUGACCGAAUUAUUACAAUUACAGGAUCGCCAAACGAAAUUCAAAUGGCGCAGUAUCUACUACAACAAAGCGUUCACAACAAUGCUCAGGAUCGGGGAAACUACUAAGGUUCCAAUAAACAUUUGGACUCUACAAAUAACCAUGUCUACAGGAGUUUGUUUUUAGAAUACAUUCCACGAGUCAAGGUCAUUACAAUCUACGAGUUUCAUUGAUGAAUUAUUUUAUUUAUUCACUUGAAGAAAUUCUUUUUAUUUCACUUAAUCUGGAAAUAUAUAUUUUAAGAAUAUGCAUUAUUUUCAAUUAUAUUUCUUCUAUUAUCAUUCAUAAUAUAAUAUUCUUGUGAAGUACUGCAUAAACUGAAAUACCAUAGUCUCAGACAAAUAUUUUUAAUUCUAUGCUUUUUUUAGAGAAUAUGUUACAGCCUCAAUUUUUGGAACAAUUCAGUACAAAAUAAUUUCAUUGUUUCAUUGGAAGAAAAUUACCAAAUAUUUUUAUAGCAUGUAAGGAAAUAGUGCUUAUCCACAGUUUUCUAAUAGAAAAAUGAUUAUGGAAUGACACCACUUGUAUCUAUACUUCAUUUUAAUAAAUGAAAACUAUUGGAAUCUAA